UGAGGGAAGAGGAAGAGAGCGCGUUUGCGGCCUAGUCGUCUCUCUCUCGCUCUCUCUCGUUUCCAAGGAGACGCGGGAUCCUUCUCCGCCGCCAUUAUGUCCGCCCAGGCCCAGAUGCGGGCUCUGCUCGACCAGCUCAUGGGCACGGCCCGCGACGGUUCAGUGUAUCUUUGCCUGCCUACAUCAAUCUGCAAGGGAGUUGCAGAAAAGCCUCAUGUUCAUCGAGCCGUGAGUCACAACCAAUUUUUAAAGCUGUUAUAACAAAAAGAAAGUGUUUGCUGCUUUUUUUUCAGAAGUAACUUUAAAAGUGUAGCUUAGAAAAGAAGGAAAAAAGAGUUUUAAAAACCAUUUUCAGUAGGCACAACAUUAAUCCUGGAUGCUUGCAAAUCCUGAUCUUUAGUCAUACACAGACUAGCUUUUUAAAAACAAUUGUCACAUACCAUUACCACUUUGCCUUUACUUUUUAUGUAUCAUUCCCCUGACUUCCUUACUGCAGGUAUUGGGCAAGAAAACUUUUCCUUUAAAACUUUUCAACAGCGGGCAUAAAAUUCUGCAGCUGAGGUCUUGAAGAAUGCAGAUGGGUAUAGUAUGUGUUGGAGCUCGCAGUGUGUAUUAACUAACUUUUUUUUUAGUUUUGCUUGUUUUAAGUGGCUCCCAAAUGUACAAUGUUUACUUGGGGGUGGGAAAGGGGAGGGAUAAGGCAGAUCCUGCUUUCUAGAACAGCUCCAGAUAUCUUGGCAGCCUUUCCAAAUGCACUGUACGAUAUACAUUUAUGAAUACUCAGUCUUUAACUGAAAAUAUACUGAAUUCAUAAAUGGCUGCCUGUUAAAAUAUACUCGCUAUGGGUCUGUCUUGUGAUCCACGGCCUUUGGGCAGUGUGUUCUGAUUUCUAUUGAACCCUCGUUCUCUAUGUAGAGAAAAAAAAUCUUUCUGUCGAUUUGAUCCAGAUGCCCCUCUUUUGGCUCUGCUGUCUUUUUAUGUAGAUGUCUGGCAACCGACAUAAUUUUGGUCAGCACCAAAUUAGUAAGUGGUGCAUGUGACAUUAAAUGCAGUGUUUAGUUCAGUUCUUGGUUGUGAAAAGAAAACGAAUAUUCAUAACUUAUGCUUUUAGAGUUUCUCAGCUCUUCUGGGGUUCGUGAAGUAUUUAAUCUGCAUAAUGAAAUAAAUUUAAAAGUAUCACAACUUGCCUUUCGUAGAUAGUACUUUUAAUGUUUUUCGUAUUUAUAACCAAACAUGAAUUUCAGGCGAUGAAACCAGGCAAAGGGUGAAGUUCACAGAUGAGCGAGUCUGCAAGAGCCACCUUCUGGAUUGUUGCCCACAUGAUAUUCUUGCCGGAACGCGCAUGGACCUGGGAGAGUGCACAAAAAUUCACGAUUUGGCACUAAGAGCGGAUUAUGAGAUUGCAAGCAAAGAAAGGGACCUGUUCUUUGAGCUGGAUGCAAUGGACCACUUGGAGUCUUUCAUUGCUGAAUGUGACAGAAGAACUGAACUGGCGAAGAAACGGCUUGCAGAAACACAGGAAGAGAUCAGUGCUGAAGUGGCUGCCAAGGCAGAAAAGGUUCAUGAACUAAAUGAAGACAUUGGCAAACUCCUGGCUAAAGCUGAGCAGCUGGGAGCGGAAGGGAAUGUGGAUGAGUCCCAGAAGAUAUUGAUGGAAGUUGAGAAAGUGCGAGCAAAAAAGAAAGAAGCCGAGGAAGAGUACCGCAAUUCCAUGCCUGCGUCCAGCUUUCAGCAACAGAAGCUGCGUGUCUGUGAAGUCUGUUCUGCAUACCUUGGUCUCCAUGACAAUGAUCGUCGUCUUGCAGAUCACUUUGGAGGCAAACUGCAUUUGGGCUUCAUUCAGAUCCGCGAGAAGUUGGACCAGUUGCGGAAAACGGUAGCAGAAAAACAGGAGAAGAGAAAUCAGGACCGGUUGAGACGGAGAGAAGAAAGAGAGCGUGAGGAACGCAUAGGACAACGAUCUGGAUCAAGAAACAGAGAUCGCAGAAGGUCUCGGUCUCGAGAGCGGAGGCGAAGACGCUCGAGAUCCGCUUCCCGCGAGAAACGGAAAUCCCGCUCCAAGUCCCGAGAGCGGGAGAGGCACCGGCGCCACCGCAGCCGUUCUCGCAGUCAUAGCCGGGGCCACCGUCGCGGAUCAAGAGACAGGAGCUCCAAGCACAAGUCUUCCAGGGAGAAAUCGCGGGAGCGAGAGAAGAAAGAGAAGAGCUCUUCCGAACGGCGUCAUGAGAGCACCAACGGCAAAUCUCGCUCGAAGAGGUCGGAGGAGCGGGAGGCCGGCGAGAUCUGAACCCCGUCGAGAUCCACCUUGUACUGUAUAUAGCCUUGAGAAACAUUCUACACAGUCCAAAUUUCUCAUUUAUAUUACCUGAAUACGGCACAUCUUUUGUAGUCCCGAAUUUCUUAUUUGUUUCCGCAAGUAGCCAAGCUGGUAUUGUAACAGUUCUCUGCCGUUGACGGAACCUUUGUUUUAACAGACCAAGCCACCAGCUUUUAACACAAAUUAGCAACCUAAGCAAAAUACCGCAACUCUGUGGAUGGGAGCAUAAGAUGCUGGGAAAACCCAUACUCCCUCUAUGUACCUUUUUAAAAAAAUAGAGCCACUUGCUUUUUAAAAAGUUCAUUACAUUGAAGAACCUCGACAGCACCCAUUUCUCAAAAUGAACUAAAUACAAACUAGUGAAACUGGCUGUGUUUAAUUGGCACAACAGCCUAGUUUUGCCAAGUAAUUUGGGGAUAGCUAGAACAACACGGCACCGUAAUUCUAUGAAGUUUUUUUUGUUUGGUUGGUUUUAAUAGCUGUAUUUGCACCCUGUUGAAGUAGCACAGAUUUAAAUGGAUGUUUUAUUUUGUCUCUCAUCCAUGUGAAUCGACAUGGCUUUAAACACUGAAUUUCACCCCAUGGAUUUUUUUUUGGUUCUUUCUUUUAAUCUGUUUUUUGUGUCCAGAUGUGUAGGUUUUGAGUAGCAAACCACUGGACAUCGAUAAUAUUCAUUGCCUGGUUGAGGAAACAUAUCCAACAGGAUUCAGUUGCAAAUAGCUUGCAGCAGUCUCAAGAAAGUGUGUCUCAAGGCAAGUCUAUUAGGAACAUUUCUUGUUACCAACUAGGAGAAAUAGAUUUUUGGGAUCUUUUUGUACCAAAGUCUUGUGCUAAGAGUUUGCAACUGAAUUACGGCAUGCUGAGAACAGGCAAAGCCAAGUUACAAUUGUCACUGCUUCAUCGUAUUGGGACGUUUUGAUUUUCUGUUUGCUUUUCAUAACUCUGGCAAUUCUCUGAACCUAUUUUUAUUGUGCCUCUUUGUUAUCUUUCCUCCCCUCACCUUGUUGUCUUUUUUCCUGCAGAAUGUCAAGGGUUAACGGGAUUGUGUUUGUCUUUGUAUGUAUGUAGAAUUUUCUUUUGUUGCUGAAUUUUCCUUUUCCUCAGACAUGUGUUCUCUAGGCCCUUUGUUUCAUGUCUUGUGGUCUCUAGCAGAAUGAACGAACCCAGAGGCAAAUGCGUUCAUUCAGCGGGAUGGAUUGGUUUUGGUUCCUGUCGCUUUGCACCUUUGUCUCCAUUUGGAACGGGCAGGAUCUGGUCCAAGGGCAUAUCUAGAGUUCCUUUUCCGCCGUCUCCUUUGGGAAGUCACUGGGCCCAGUCAGAGAAGCCAGCGGGGCACGCUACAUUCAGUGUACAGAAUAUUAGAAAUCCAUCCCCCUCUAUGGAAUUGUUAUGUUUGCUGUUUGCGGUUGCGCAGUUUGAUCCUUAACAGCACUUUCUUUCCCCCUCUUUUGCCUUUUUGAGGAGUUUUGGUCUCAGUAAUAAAGAUGUAAGUACGAUGCUGUCCUCUUUGCCAGUCUGAUUCACAUUAAAAGCUUAUCUUUGUG